CUUUCCUCACAUACUUCUCGCAUAACCACACACAUAUAUAUAUACCAUGGCCUCAAUAACAGAAGCCUCCCUCCGCGAGGCCAUCACCCAGCGCCUCGGCGCAAUCCACGUCGAAGUCACCGACAUGUCAGGUGGCUGCGGCCAAGCCUUCACCUCCCUCAUCGUCUCCCCCCAGUUCAAGGACCUCAAGUCCCUCAAGCGGCACCGCCUCGUCAACACCGCCCUCAAGGACGAAAUCGCCGCCAUCCACGCCUGGACGGCCAAAUGCCAGACGCCCGACGAGUGGGACAAGGAGAGGGAUACUGCGGCGCCGUCGCUGGAUGGCACGGUGGGAGGACAUGUUGAGGGGACGAACCAGUGAAGAAAAAACAGCAGGCAGAUAUGCUUUCGGUACGGAAAUAAAAGAACAUGUGAUGCAAAAUCACUGGCUGGGCUGAGAACAAGGUGGAAUGGACAAGAUGGGCGCGAUGAGUGUAUAUACCCAAGAAAAGAGGCGCCCCAGAGGAGAAAAACACUAGAUCACGGCAGCAACAUCAGUGCUUCAAGGCUUGGAUAUCUCUUGCAUAAUACAGCACAAGACACAAUGCAGCUCUACCAACUCAAAGGGCACGGCAUCCCGACAGCAUGGCAUGGAGAGUGGUAGCUCGAAAAGAUAUCUUUAUAGCUUAUAUAUAUAUAUCAAGAGUCAAAUC